AUGGAACUAUUUAACAAGGUGGGCCAUGUGGAUGUCGAAAACCUGGUCGAUACAAUGCUUGCUUCAAAAGAAGACUGGACAGCAGUCGAGGAAUACACCACCGCGAUUAUGACCGAAAAUAACCCAAAGAAAAGGAAAACCAUGGACACCUCUUUUACGGAGCAGGAAAAGGUGUACAAAAAGAAGGAGUCUCCGGAGGCCUUUACCAUAAAUGAGGCAUUUGAGGAAAUUACGAGGAUGACGAAGAUUUUGGUUCAAAACGUCGAACAAAAUACCAAGAGAGAGAUAAAGGAUUAA